GGGUGAUGCACCGCCAUGAUAGCCCGCAAGAGCAGCGAAAACGCGCUGACACCGGCCAAGAAUGGCGCCAUGACGGACACACCAGAGAGCCACAAGCGCAAGCGCGAAAGAGUCGAUUGGUCUUCCAUUGACCAGAAGGGGACCUUCCACGGCUUUGAGCUGAAGCCUCUGAAGGCGAGCAAGAAGCGCAGGUCCAUGAAGGACUUGAGGCUUCCGCAUAUCGUGCAGCCGAAUGUCUUCGAUGGCUGCAACCUCAGCGAGACACAGUUUACCGUCACGCCGCCGUUAGAAUGGGACAGCACUGGCCGGUACAAAAAGUUCACGAUUGGACAGGCUGAGUUUCAGGUCGGUGAUAUUGUUUAUAUCAGGGCGGAUGAGAGCGAGAUUGGCAGCAAGAGCGCCCCUCUCCAGGCCUGGGUGGCCAAGGUCCUCGAGGUCCGCGCUGGAGAUGAGAAUCACGUCUACCUGCGCGUAUAUUGGAUGUACAGGCCCGAGGACCUUCCGUCAGGCCGGCUUCCCCAUCAUGGACGUAACGAACUGAUCGCGACCAACGACAUGGCCAUCAUCGAUGCCAUGACCGUCGAUGGCCCAGCCGACGUCGUCCACUGGCAAGAGCGGCAGGAUCAAGGAGAGAUUCUCCACCCAGACCAGCUCUUCUGGCGGCAGACGCUGGAUGUCACGAAGAAGUCGUUCGUUCUCUCGAAGCUUCCAAUGCACUGCGUCGACAAUGCGCCCUGCAACCCUGAUCAACUCCUCAUCCAAUGCUCAUCGUGCUCGAAAUGGCUCCACGGCCCCUGUAUCGAGAAAGCCGCCCUCCACGAAGCCUAUGAAUCCUUCGACCUUACAUACCCGGAGGAAGAUACAGCAGCAAAAGACGAGAGCCCCAAGAGGAAGCGCAAAGCGCCCUUGGCGUUGCUCGCGACGAUCAACUCAACCUUAUCGGGCAAGACGCGCUUGACUAUCACGGAUAGGCGGCUCGGCCUCAAGAAGAGGAAGACAUGGGACGUCCCGAUCAAGUGUCUCUUUUGCGAAGCUACAAUCGAGGACGUCGAAGAGCCACCCGCGACGGACGCAGACCCCACCGAACCCGAAACCCCGCCCUCUGGCAUCUUCGUCAGUGAAGCCAUAGUCCCGGCCUCUGACGCAGCCCCACACACCCCUCCCUCCCCCCUGGACGAAGACUCAGAUGAAGCAGUGCCAGACUCUGCGGUCGGCAAAAACAAAAUGUUAUCCUCCCCCCUGAGGAAUGCCGCGCCCCCAGCCACAAGCGGCGCACUAGCUCCGCCUGAAGAGCCCAACGGUAACGGUGAGGCUGCCUACAACUCCGACUCCUCAUCUCCCUCUGCCUGAGCUGAGCUAAGACGACAGACGCGGUAGACUACGUGGACACCACGCCGCGGAAGAGCAAGCGCCGCGCGACUACUGAGACGCCAGGACCGAGUGAGACGGAGGGCGUGCUGGAGAGUAGCGUGAAGGGCCUUAAACGGGUGCUUUUUAAAGACUGAGUGAGCAAGUGCGUUGCGUGGAUAGCCGGGCGCAUUGGAGUGCGGGUAUUGCCUUUUCGUUUUGAUAGGCUAUAUGCGGUGUGGUCCGGUGAGGGAGGGGGCGUUUGCUGCUAUCCCUAACCUACCUUCCUUGCGUCUUGAGCUCCGGCGCUGUGCGAGGCUGACUUGCUGCUGACGCGCUUGCGAAGACGGUAUACCUACCUACCUAGGUACCACUUGCUUGCUCCGGCAGUCUGGCUAUUUGGUUUAUAGCUUGGAUAUGCAUACGCCUUAUAUCAUGGUAAAAAAAUUUAUUACCUUUUUAACUCC